ACAGCAGCGCACGUUAGUCUUAUUUCUCGAUUAGACGCGUUAUAAGCGGUCAUGGCGCAGAGUAUGAUGCUGUACUGGGGAUCUGGUUCUCCGCCGUGCUGGAGAGUCAUUAUAACGCUGGAGGAGAAGAUGCUGCAGGGAUACAAUCACAAACUUCUGUCGUUUGACAAGAACGAACACAAGUGUGAAGAAGUGAAAGCUCUCAAUCCCAGAGCUCAGCUUCCAACCUUCAAGCAUGGAGACAUCGUCGUGAACGAGUCGUUUGCCGCGUGUCUGUAUCUGGAGAGCGCGUUUAAGUCUCAAGGCACCCGUCUGAUCCCAGACGACCCGGCUGAACAAGCGCUCGUCUACCAGCGAAUGUUUGAGACCAACAACUUGCAGCAUAAAUUGUAUUAUGUGGCUUUCUAUGACUAUUAUGUUCCUGAAGGAGAGAGACAUGAAUCGGCUCUGAAGAGGAAUAAAGAGAGUUUAAUCGAUGAGCUCAAACUUUGGGAUGGAUACUUGGAGAAGAUGGGUAAAGGCUCGUACCUCGCUGGUAAGAACUUCACCAUGGCCGAUGUGGUGUGUUUCCCAAUCAUCGCACUUUUUCCACGACUUCACUGUCCUCGAGAGCGUUGUCCCAGACUGAUGGAGUACUACGAGAUGGUGAAGGACCGUCCCAGUAUUAAAGCCAACUGGCCUCCUCACUGGCUGGAGAAUCCUGAGGGUCAAGAAAAGCUCAAGAACCUGUGAAGAACAUCAUGACCACACCAAAAACAUAUAACAAUCAGUUAAUUCAGAUUUACCUUUAGCUUGCUCUAUUAAAUCACAACUAUGUUCAGUCUCAUUUACAGUCAUUUAUCUUUAACCCUGCUGGACGUGUUAUUUGUGAACAAAUUUUUGAAUAUAAAACUCGUUGUUGUAUCUGUAAUGAUCAAGAAUACAUUUUUUAUUGCUUUUUGGGGCUAAUAAAUUUGUAUCCUGUUCAGUCCAAAUAAAGAAUAUAUUUACCAUCA